AUGAGCCUCCAAGGCUCCUACCUCCGCUUCUGCCUCUGGAUGUUCUUGGGCACCACGUUGGCACUGGGGCAGGGACAAGUAAGUAGCCGUCUGAGGCUGGCAGUACUGCCUGAGGACCAGCUGCAGAUGAAGUGGAGGGAAGCAGAGGGAAGUGGCCUUGGCUACUUGGUGCAGGUGACACCUAUGGCAGGCGACUUGGAGCAGGAGCUGAUACUGACCACCAAGACCCCCAAGGCCACUGUGGGUGGCCUGAGCCCUUCCAAGAGCUACACCUUGCAAAUCUUCGAGCUCACUGACUCUGGGCCUGUCCUGCUGGCACGAAGGGCGUUUGUGAUUGAGGAUCUGAAGAGCCAAACUUUGGGCAGAGGCAGCCGGAGGCUGGCUGGAGCCACCCUGGAGCCUACCUCCUUCCCUCAGAGGGGCCAAGACUCUGAGAAAACAUCUGAUCCCAGCAUUGCCUUCACCUCAAGCAGGGACCUGCCCAUUCUUGAUCACCCCCAGUUCCAAUGCACACCCCCAACACCCGCUGAUAUAAUCUUCUUGGUGGACGGGUCCUGGAGCAUCGGCCACAGCCACUUCCAGCAGGUUAAAGACUUCCUGGCCAACAUUGUCACACAAUUUGCAAUAGGACCAGAUAAAGUCCAAGUAGGUCUGACACAGUACAGUGGAGAUCCCCAGACCGAGUGGGACCUGAACUCCUUCCAAACCAAGGAGCAAGUGGUAGCAGCCGUACACCACCUCCGCUACAAGGGAGGAAACACAUUCACAGGCCUCGCCCUAACCCAUGUGCUGGAGCAGAACCUGAAGCCAGCAGCUGGUGUCCGUCCAGAGGCAGCCAAAGUGUUGAUUCUGGUGACAGAUGGCAAGUCCCAGGAUGAUGUGCGCACAGCUGCCAGGAUCCUUAAGGAUCAGGACAUUGAUGUCUUCGUUGUGGGUGUGAAGAAUGUUGAUGAGGCUGAGCUGAAGCUCCUAGCAUCCCAGCCACUGGAUAUCACUGUCCACAAUGUGCUGGACUUCCCUCAGCUGGCCACCCUAGCUCCUCUGCUCAGCCGUCUCAUUUGCCAAAAAAUUCAGGGCAGAGGCCCAGUCAAACCAGCAGCAGCUACCCGGGUCCUGGACCCCCUCCCCACGCCCACCAGACUGAUCCUGACCCAUGCCACCUCAUCCAGUAUCCACCUGUCUUGGACUCCAGCCUUAUACCCACCCCUCAAGUAUCUAAUUGUAUGGCAGCCUUCUAGGGGUGGUGCCCCCAAGGAGGUGGUGGUAGAGGGGCCUGUCUCAUCCAUGGAGCUUGGAAACCUGACCUCCAACACAGAAUACUUGGUCUCUGUGCUUCCUGUCUAUGAGAGUGGGAUUGGCAAGAGCCUGCAAGGUCGGGCAACCACAGCACCCCUGCCUCCACCUGGGCCACUGACCCUAGCUGCAGUGACACCCAGAACUCUCCACGUCACCUGGCCGCCCUCUGCUGGGGUCACUCAAUACUUGGUGCGGUACUUGCUGGCUACCUCCACUGGGGAGGAGCAAAAGAGAGAGGUACAUGUGGGACAGCCUGAGGUACUGCUGGAUGGUCUAGAGCCUGGCCAGGACUAUGAUGUCUCAGUGCAGAGCCUUCGGGGACCAGAGGCCAGCGAGGCCCGGAGCAUCCGUGCCAGGACCUCUGUCCUGGGGCCCCCAAGACACCUGACUUUCUCAGAUGUUCGCUACAACUCAACCUGUGUGUCCUGGGAAGCCCAGAGGCCUGUGCGCCUGGUCAAGGUCAGCUACGUCUCUAGUGAUGGCAGCCACUCUGGGCAGACUCAGGUUCCUGGGAACAUUACUUCAGCUACUCUGGGCCCACUUUCUUCCUCUACCAUGUACACCGUCAGAGUCACCUGUUUUUACCUUGGGGGUGGUUCCUCCAUGCUGACUGGCCAUGUAAUCACACAGAAAGCUCCUAGUCCUGGCCAGCUGUCUGUGAUGGAGCUCCCAGGAGAUGCAGUAAAGCUGUCAUGGUUGGCCACUGCCUUGUCAGGUGUACUUGUUUAUCAGAUCAAGUGGAUGCCCUUGGGAGAAGGGAAGGCCCAUGAGAUCUCUGUCCCAGGGACCCUUGGCACAGCCAUCUUGCCUGGCCUGAUGAAGCAUGUGGAAUAUGAGAUCACCAUCCUUGCCUACUACAGGGAUGGCACUCGCAGCGACCCCGUGUCCCUCCGCUACACCCCCUCUGCAGCAAGCAGAAGCCCCCCAUCCAGCCUGGCCUUGUCUUCAGAGACCCCCAACAGCCUGCAGGUCAACUGGACACCACCAAGUGGCCAUGUCCUCCAUUACCGGCUCAACUACACACUGGCCUCAGGCUCUGGAGCAGAGAAAUCGAUCUCUGUACCAGGCACCAGGAGCCAUGUUGUGCUUCGUGACCUGAUGUCUGCCACCAAGUACAGGGUCCUGGUCUCAGCUGUCUAUGGAGCAGGGGAGAGCAUGGCAGUGUCUGCCACAUACCGUACAGCAGCCUGCCCAGCCCUGCACCCGGACAGCUCCCUCUCAGGGUUUGACCUGAUGGUGGCCUUUGGCCUCGUGGCAAAGGAGUAUGCCUCUAUUCGAGGGGUAGCCAUGGAGCCCUCAGCCUUGGGUGUGGUCCCAACCUUCACUCUCUUCAAGGAUGCUCAACUGAUGCGUCGGGUCAGUGACAUCUACCCAGCAACCCUGCCACCAGAACACACCAUUGUCUUCCUUGUGCGUCUUCUCCCUGAGACACCCCGGGAAGCCUUUGCACUGUGGCAGAUGAUGGCUGAAGACCUCCAGCCCAUCCUCGGGGUUCUGCUGGAUGCUGGCAGAAAGUCUCUGACUUACUUCAACCAUGAUUCCAGGGCAGCCUUGCAGGAGGUCACCUUUGACCUGCAGGAUGCAAAGAAGAUCUUCUUUGGAAGCUUCCACAAGGUACAUAUAGCUGUAGGCCACUCUAAGGUCAGACUUUACGUGGACUGUCGGAAGGUGGCCGAGAGGCCCAUUGGGGAUGCUGGCAGCCCACCCGCAGGCGGUUUCAUCACACUAGGGAGGCUAGCCAAGGCCAGAGGGCCACGGAGCAGCUCAGCCACAUUCCAGCUCCAGAUGUUGCAAAUCGUGUGCAGUGAUACCUGGGCAGACAAGGACAAGUGUUGUGAGAUUCCUGCUUUGAGGGAUGGAGAGACGUGCCCGGCCUUCCCUUCAGCCUGUGCCUACUCAUCUGUGACUCCUGGGCCCCCAGGACCCCAAGGCCCUCCGGGCCUCCCUGGAAGGAAUGGCCCUCCAGGACAGCAGGGACACCCAGGGCCCAAGGGGGAGCCAGGCCCACCUGGACAAACAGGACCUGAAGGCCCUGGAGGUCAGCAGGGGUCACCAGGGACCCAGGGCCGCACAGUCCAGGGACCCAUGGGGCCAUCAGGAGCCAAAGGAGAGAAGGGGGAUCAGGGACUCCCAGGCUUGCAGGGCCUCUCUGGCCAGCAAGGCAUCCCUGGGAAAACUGGCCUACAGGGACCUAAGGGCAUGAGAGGACUGGAGGGACCUGCUGGCCUGCCUGGACCACCUGGCCCCAGGGGGUUCCAGGGCUUGGCAGGGGCCAGGGGCACCAAUGGGGAGCGAGGACCCCCAGGAGCUGUGGGUCCCACAGGUCUACCAGGGUCCAAAGGUGAACGAGGAGAGAAGGGAGAGCCACAGUCCCUUGCCACCAUCUUCCAGCUGGUGAGCCAGGCCUGCGAGUCAGCCAUACGGACACAUGUGCUGAAGCUGAAUUCCUUCCUCCAUGAGAAUGCCCGUCCCCCAAUGCCCUUCAUGGCAGAGACAACUAAGCUAGGCAGACCCAGAUCCAUAGAUCCUGGAUUACACAACGAGGCUCUACUUCCUGGAGACUGGGGACAUAUUCUCCACCCUGAGGACCAAGGUGAGCCUGUGACUGUCAGCCACACAAGCAACCCUAGCCUGCUGGAGGUGCAGCCCCCAGAGUCCCUGGAGUAAACAGGACCUUCCCUCUGCCACUUCAAAUCGCCCUGGCCUUCCCCAGCACCAUCAUCCAUAAUUUCGUCUCAGCACUAAGAACAACUGAGUGCUGAAGAGGCAGAGAAGGAAACCCAGAGGAAGACCCUGAGGUGGCAAGAGCUGGAAGGGAGGAGGGCGGCGCUCCUCCUCAAGCCCCUUCUUUUGUAGCACUUCUAGGUUCAGAUAAACCUCUGCUUGC